CUUGUGUUGUCAACGUAGAGACUGGCACUACUAUUUCCAGUUUCACUCGUGUAUCGUUGCUCGAAUCAAAAUGGCGGGCCACUUUUCAGAGUUUGGCCUUCUACCAGAAAUGUGCAAGGGGGUUGAGGAAAUGGGAUGGCUUCUUCCAACAGAUGUACAAGCAGAAGCCAUUCCACUGAUCUUGGGGGGUGGAGAUGUGCUUAUGGCAGCUGAGACUGGAAGUGGAAAGACUGGGGCAUUUUCUUUGCCAGUGAUUCAGAUUGUACAUGAGACAGUAAGGGAAGCCAUAAGUGGCCGUAAGAGUUCUCGUCCUGCAGUUGCUGCGUCAGUUGCGCCUAACACAUUUAUAUUGAACAUAUUUGAUAGAGAUCUGGAUUUUGCCAUUGAUGAAAAAGGUUAUCUGUGCCAGAGUCGCGAUCAUUAUAAGUGGCAAGGAUGCCGCUCUACUCUGGGUGUAAAACAGGGAAAGUACUAUUAUGAAGCUUCAGUAACAGAUGAAGGUCUUUGUCGUGUUGGAUGGUCCACAGAGCUGGCAGCACUAGAUCUUGGAACUGAUAAACAGGGUUAUGGAUUUGGUGGAACUGGGAAGAAGUCAUUUGGAAGACAGUUUGACUCCUAUGGAGAGCCAUUUGGAAUCAAUGACAUUAUUGGAUGCUUCAUCGACCUGGAUAAUGGCUCAAUCAAAUUUAGCAAAAAUGGAGUAGAUUUUGGCAAGGCAUUUGACAUUCAUACAAACCUUCAGGGAAGCACAUUUUUUGCUGCAGUUGUGUUAAAGAAUGCUGAGCUGUUGUUUAAUUUUGGUGAUUCUCCAUUCAAGUACCCACCUAAGCCUGGUGGAUAUAAAGGACUGUCCAAAGCCCCACCUAAUGCAGUGGCUGUCUCAAAUAUCAAAGGAGGGGCAUCAGCGGUGGCCCAGCCCAAAUCUGGCAAGUUUAAUAACAGAUGUAGUCCAUCAGCAAUUAUUAUGGAGCCUUCUAGAGAAUUAGCCCAACAGACCCACAAUCAGAUCUCAAAGUUCAAGAAGUAUUUACCAAACCCACAAGUCAAAGAAGUCCUUUUGAUUGGUGGAGAGCAUGUGAAGACCCAAAUUCAGAUGCUUAAUGAUGGGGUGGAUAUUGUGACUGGCACACCUGGAAAACUUGAUGAUUUUAUCUCUACUGAUAAAAUCAGCCUCUCUCAAGUUCGCUUCUUCAUUCUGGAUGAAGCGGAUGGUUUACUAGCUCAAGGGAACCAUGACCUGAUUACAAGAAUCUUUAGCAAGAUUCCAAAAAUGAGCCCAGAUGGCAAACGACUACAGAUGAUUGUUUGUUCAGCGACUCUUCACUCUUUUGAAGUCAAGAAGCUGGCUGAUAAAAUCAUGCACUUUCCAACCUGGGUUGAUCUCAAAGGACAGGAUGCUGUUCCCGAAACCGUCCACCACGUGGUUUGCCAUGUGGAUCCCAGAGCGGACAACUCAUGGCAGAAACUAAAGAAUAAAGUUAAGACUGAUGGAAUCCAUGCAAAAGACAACAUGAAAUCUGGCGGUCAAAUUCCAGAAUCUCUGUCCGAGGCCGUGAAGAUUUUGAAGGUUGAGUACUUGGUGACAGCCAUCAAGGAACAUAAAAUGGACCAAGCAAUAAUCUUCUGUCGUACGAAACUGGAUUGUGAUAAUGUGGAACAAUACCUGGUCUCCUUAGGCGGAGGUCCAAAGGCUAUGGUCAAUGAGUACUCUUGUGUGUGUCUCCAUAGUGACCGAUCCCCACAGGAAAGAAAAGCAAACUUGCAAGCGUUUAAGGAAGGCGAAGUGAGAUUCCUUAUCUGUACUGACGUCGCUGCCAGGGGCAUCGACAUCACGGGUGUACCAUACGUCGUGAAUGUAACAUUUCCAGACGACAAACAAAACUACGUGCACAGAAUUGGACGAGUAGGAAGAGCAGAGAGGAUGGGCCUGGCAAUUUCUCUCGUUUCGGACGUUAAAGAAAAGGUAUGGUACCACACGUGUUCCAGUCGGGGUAAAGGAUGCUAUAACACACGGCUGAAGGACCAGGGAGGCUGUGCUAUCUGGUAUGACGAGAAACAGUAUUUAGCUGACGUGGAGGAACAUCUUAAAGAGACAAUCUCGUCCAUUCAACCCAACAUGAAAAUUCCACACAACGAAUUUGACGGCAAAGUGACGUAUGGGGAGAAACGUAGAGGGGCAGGGAGAAUAUUUGAGACGCACACAGCAGAACUGGCACCCUCGGUCAGGGAGCUGGCAGAGAUGGAAUUCAAGGCCCAGACUUCAUUCCUUAGCUUACAGCACAGGGACUGGAUAAAGCACUAGGAUACAAUGAUCACUUGUCUUCAGUGUAUUGGUUAUCAGUAAAUAGCUUUCAGAGCAUUCCGAUGAUUGAACGUCAGAAGAAGACAGUCCAUAUCAGAUCUGGGAAGGUCAAGAUAGAUUGCAUCAGAAGAGCGACGGAAAUGGAAUAGUUACAAGCUCCAGGGGACGACAGACUCCCAUGUAAAAAUGACUGGAGUUUUCUUUAGUUGAGUUAUUUCGAUGCUUCUUUAGGUUAGUAAAGUUGAAAAAAAUGUCAGAAACUGGAUGAAAACAAAUUCGAGUCACCCACAAAGUGCGAUUUGGGGUCCCAUUUCACUCCCUCUCUCCCUCCCUCCUCAUUUUUAUUUGGGAGUUUCCCUACGAGUCAUAAGCAUUGUUAAAUGGACUGGUUGUGUUGCGCAAGUUUGGAUUAUGGUUUUAAAGCGAGACUGAUGUGGCUUAUACGCUUUGUGUAAGAUAGCUUCGUGAUGCUGGAUCUUGGUAAUCAGAUUUUACCUGUCGAUAAUAACUAGUCAGACUGGUUAUAUCGCCGUUGAUAGGACUGGUUGGAACUGAUGACACACACUGGAAAGUGUAGAGUCAUAUGCUCAAAAGAACUAUAAAUAUGGAAAUAUGAAACAUUAAAAAUCACUCAAUAGCAA